UCGGAAGCCGGUCUAUGUGCUGCUUUGAUAUGCUGCAACCCACUGGUGACCAGGACAGUGGUUACGGGGAAAUUAUAGAGUCUCCUCCUUCGUUAUGGAGACGAGUGGAGGAACAAGUGCCGGCAAGUGAAAGAGCUGAGAUCAGGAGGAUUCUGGGAGAGGAGGCUGUUGACCUUAGCCUAGAGCUACAUGCAGAGAUUGCAGUUCUUCUGGAUCUCUGGAGAGACCUGAGGUCCAACUUCUCAUCGCCAAGUCCUCUUUCUGUUCCCAACACUUGUCCCCUCCUGGCUGACCCACCUGUCAUUAAGAACAUGGUGACACAAGAGAUCCGGAUGCUGCUGCUGGCUGUGCGUCAGAAGGCGUGGCGGAACGGGCAGGACAAGAACAAACAGAAAUAUUAG